GCCUAAAACGUGCGCAGUCGGAUUCCAGUUUUUGCUGCGAAGAGAACGAAACGAAACCCCCUGCUUCGGUUUCACUAUCUCUCUCUCUCUCUCUCUCAGAAAAAUGGUUGAAUUGCGUUUACUGGUUGCUGCUGCUGUGAUCCUAGGGUUUCUAUUCUCCACAUCCCAAUCUAUCCGCUUCGAGCUCCAAUCGGGUCACACCAAAUGCAUCGUCGAAGACAUGAAGGCCAAUGCCAUGACCGUCGGAAAGUACUCCGUCGUCAACCCCGACGAAGGCCAGCCCCUGCCGCCCUCACACAAGCUCACCGUUAGGGUGACUUCGAGCUAUGGGAAUAGCCAUCACUACUCGGAGCUUGUGGAAUCGGGUCAGUUUGCUUUUCAGGCGGUGGAGGCCGGCGAUUACAUGGCGUGUUUCUGGGCGCCCGAUCACAAGCCCCCGACCACGUUGACCAUUGAGUUUGAUUGGAAGACGGGUGUGGCGGCCAAGGACUGGUCCAAUGUGGCCAAGAAAGGCUCUGUUGAUGUCAUGGAAUUAGAGCUUAAGAAGUUGUUCGACACUGUUACUUCAAUUCACGAGGAGAUGACCUACCUCCGUGAACGGGAAGAAGAAAUGCAGGAUCUUAAUAUAGCAACCAACUCCAAAAUGGCCUGGUUGAGUUUUCUUUCGCUUUUUAUUUGCUUAUCGGUGGCAGGUUUGCAAUGGUGGCACUUGAAGACCUUUUUCCAGAAAAAGAAGCUUAUUUGAUUUUGUUCUAGAGAAGUUCUAUAGUUUCAUCUUUUACUGGUCUUUGUAAUAUAUUUCACAGAACAUUGUACGUUGGGAUGUCAGAUUACAUUGUUAGAUGAUGUAGGACAACCAAAUGCUCACUAUAGCAGAAAAGUUCUGUUGAAGUUUACAGUCAUAUUGUAUUUCUAGAAACAUUCAAUGAUAGCAAAUUUUAGUUAUUUUCAUCA